AGGAUCAAUUUGAAUGAAAGCGCGCCAAAGAGGAUCCCAGAAAGAAAGAAAAUUCCCCAGCAUGGCGAUCGAGUGUCUCGUCCUCGGCGCUGGGCAACAAGUCGGGAAGAGCUGCGUGGUAGUAUCGAUGAAUGGUAAGCGGAUAAUGUUCGAUUGCGGGAUGGACAUGGCAUAUCACGACCACCGCCGCCACCCUGAUUUCUCCCGCAUCUCCGAGUCCGGCGACUUCGACAAAGCCCUCACUUGCAUCGUCAUCACCCACUUCCAUUUGGACCACAUCGGUGCUCUUCCUUACUUCACUGAAGUCUGCGGAUACCGUGGACCCAUAUACAUGACGUAUCCAACAAAGGCAUUGGCUCCUUCAAUGUUGGAGGAUUAUCGAAAAGUGAUGGUUGAACGAAGAGGGGAAGAGGAACAAUUUACCUCGGAGCAUAUUGUGGAAUGCAUGAAGAAAGUUAUAGCAGUGGAUGUAAAGCAGACGGUACAGGUUGAUAAAGAUCUUAUGAUUCGUGCCUACUAUGCAGGACAUGUUCUUGGAGCAGCAAUGUUUUACACAAAGGUGGGAGAUUCUGCUAUAGUUUACACGGGAGACUAUAAUAUGACACCAGAUAGACAUCUGGGAGCAGCUCAAAUUGAUCGACUACAGCUGGACCUUCUAAUCACAGAGUCCACAUAUGCAACAACUAUACGUGACUCGAAAUACAGUCGGGAGGCAGAAUUUCUUAAAGCUGUUCAUAAAUGUGUUCUGGGAGGAGGAAAGGUGCUCAUUCCUACAUUUGCUCUCGGAAGAGCUCAGGAGCUCUGCAUCUUGUUGGAGGAUUACUGGGAGCGAAUGAAUUUAAAGAUUCCCAUUUACUUUUCAUCAGGUCUGACCAUGCAAGCCAAUAUGUAUUAUAAAAUGCUUAUCAGUUGGACCAGCCAGAAGGUGAAAGAGACAUAUUCCACACGUAAUGCAUUUGAUUUUAAACAUGUUCUCAAUUUUGACCGUUCGAUGAUAUCUGCUCCUGGACCUUGCGUUCUUUUUGCUACACCUGGCUGGAUUAGUGGCGGUUUUUCGCUUGAGGUUUUCAAGCAGUGGGCUCCAUCUGAAAUGAAUCUUAUCACCUUGCCUGGGUACUGUGCGGCUGGAACCAUAGGACAUAAAUUGAUGUCGGGUAAACGCACCAAAAUUGAUCUGGACAAAGAUACUCAACUCGAUGUGCGAUGCCAGAUUCAUCAAUUGUCUUUCAGUCCUCAUACAGAUGCCAAAGGGAUUAUGGAUCUUGUCAAGUUUCUCUCCCCCAAACAUGUGAUCCUAGUACAUGGUGAGAAACCUAAGAUGGCUACUCUUAAAGGACGAAUAUAUUCGGAAUUGGGAAUUCGAUGUGAUGACCCUGCAAACAACGAGACAGUUUGCAUUCCUUCUACUCAUCAUGUGGAAGUAGGAGCCUCAAACACUUUUAUUCGAAGUAGCUUGAAUCCAAACUUCAAUUUUUCUAAAAUCAGUUCAGAAGAUGAAUCCGAUUCGCGUUUAAAAGAUGGAAAGUUCAUGCCAUGGCUGCAGGUAAAAGAUGAAAGGGCAGCUGAAGGGAUCUUGGUUGAGGAAAAGAGUAAAAGAGCAAAGAUCGUUCACCAAGACGAGCUUCUUCUUAUGUUGGGAGAAAAGAAGCACGACAUUCGGUUUGCUUACUGUUUCCCCAUAAAUACUGACAAUUUAGAAGACACCAAGAGCACAGAUGUAUCUUCAUCAAGUAAUGCACUUUCCAUGUCUGGCAGAUGCUCUUGGCUUCCCAUGUUGUACAUUAAACUUUCAGACGAACUUUCUGGAGGAAACAUCCAAUACUUUGGGGAACAAAUUCAAGUAGAGUCAUUUAGUGUAUCACUCUGUCUGAAGGACAGGUGCCCUUACAGAAUAGUUGACAGUCCUCCAAAUAAAUGUGAAGCAGUGUUUUUUUGCUGCACUUGGUCGAUAGCAGAUGAGAAGCUUGCUUGGAAAAUCAUCUCGAUAUUAGAAAAUCUCGACUAUGGAACUUGUUGAGUGUAUGGAUCAAUUAAUUUAUGAGCUAUGAGCCUAGAGGAAUCGCCUGCUAAAAUGGUACAAUUUUUGUCAGAUCUGUAGCAUUGUAUGCAUGUGAAAUAGGCUGAAUUUAUAGAAUUUGAUUCUGAACACUGAUCCUUGUAACAGCUUCAAUGACAGCAUAUAAUGCAAACAUUAGAAAG